CAACAGCCAUUGCAAAGCCACCAGAUGUCGCACCAUACGCGCGCAGCAACGCUCCUGACAAUGCCCAGCCCUUGCAUUUCUGCUCCGGCAUGGAAAGGUAGAUGUCUAAGGGUUCUUUCUCUUGUUCUCCUCUUCCUGUCUAACAUUCACAUUCAUUACAUCUCAUUGUAGUCAAACAAUUGCACAAAGUGUCGAACAGAUUCUCAGACUUUCAGGCCGACUGUGAUACUGAACUCGCCACCUCACCAGAAUGAAAUCGGGAACAGUCUAUAACAUACUCUCGUUGUCCACGCUGCUAGCUCUGUCCAACGCCUGGCCGCUUUUCCCACCCUCGAUCGAGCGAAGAGCACCUAUCUCAUACUCGGUUGUCGCAGUGGGUGGCGGAAGCACAACAGACGAUGCCUCGCCGACAGCAACAAUCACUGACGCUGUCACCCACACAGCGACCGUGAUGGAGACACAACUAUCUACCAUCGUCAUCACAGGGUCGGAAACAACCACAACCAUAGUCGUGACCGUUACCUCUCCAUCGCCGACAACUAUCACCGAUCACGCGCCUGCGUCGACAACCACGCCAAUCCUCUCGCCAAUCCUCUCGCCAAUCCUCUCGUCGAGUCGCCAAUACCCCUCCGAGUCAUCGCCUUCAAUAGCACCCUCCGUUGCUCUCCUUACCGCGACCGAGACUCUUUCCCCAGUGACUGUCACUGUCACGCAAUCUCUCCCUUCAACAAGACCGUACGACGACGGUAUGUGGCACACGUACUAUUACUACACCGUCACGCCUGAGAGUUCCUCGAGCUGGACAACGACUUCGUCACCGACCUUGUCUUUGGAAAUGCCCAGCGAGACACCACCGGCCACUAGCACGCCUGUUAUCCCAAUCUGGGGCGUGCAUCCACCGAUUCCUACACCUCCAUGAAGCGAUGCCAGUCAGUGAUCCUUUCUAUGAAAAGGAGAAUGUAUAAAAUGUAUUUGGGUUGUAUUUGGGGUUAUCUUCGGGGAAAAAGUAUGAACAUCAAGUUGGAAAAGAGGACUUCCUCUUCGGGUAGAUUCUGGGAUAUUUGGGGUUUUAGCAAGGCGCUGGCGGUCAUGUCUGAGACGGCUGGUAUAAGUUCGGUAUCAGGAAAGAACGACGACAAUGACAAUAGAAGUUUUGGUUUCAUCAUUUUGGCUUCCUUUUCCCGGCACAUAACUUUGAACUUGUGCCCGAUGGUCUUGAUGCCACAUGUGUUUCAUUUCUCAGGUCCAACGUGAGCGUUCCUCAGACGAGCUGGUUUGACGAAAGACCUGACAUUAUUCCAGGUUGGAUUAAGCACGUAGGUAUUGAGUAUAACGCAAGUUCACGAAUGCUGCAUUCCAAGGUCAG